AUGAGCAAAACCCUACUGAUCACCGGCGGCGCCUCGGGCAUCGGCGCCGAGACCGCCCGCCAGGCCGCGACGCGCGGCUACGGCAUCGCCAUCAACUACCGGACCCGCGACACACAAGCCAAACAGGUCGUGGCCGACAUCGAGGCCAAGGGCGGCAAGGCGAUCGCGCUGCCCGGCGACAUGGCGCGCGAGGCCGACAUCGUGCGGCUGUUCGAGGAAACCGAGAAGGCGCUGGGCCCGAUCACUCAUCUGGUGAACAGCGCCGGCACCAACGGCAAGCGCGGCCGGGUCGAUGAAUACGACGCCGCGGUGCUGGCCAAUCUCUUCGCCAUCAACGUCACCGGCCUGAUGCUGUGCUGCCGCGAGGCCGCCAAGCGCAUGUCGACGAAGCACGGCGGCAAGGGCGGGUCGAUCGUCAACGUCUCGUCGAUGGCCGCGACGCUCGGCGGGCGCCUCGGCUCCUCGGCCUAUGCCGCGAGCAAGGGCGCGGUCGACGCCUUCACCAAGGGCUUCGCCCGCGAGGUCGCGUCGGAGGGCAUCCGCGUGAACUCGCUGCGCCCGGGCAUGGUGCUGACCGAGAUGACCGAGGGCCGGCUCAAGGAAGCAGCGUUCCGCGCCAACAUCGAGAAGUCGAUUCCGAUGGGCCGGGUCGGCAAGUCGGCGGAGAUCGCCGAGGCGGUGCUGUGGCUACUGUCGGACGAGUCGUCGUUCAUCACCGGCGCGAUGCUCGAUGCGUCGGGUGGCGGAUACAUCAUCUAG